CCUGAAGACCUCAUAGACAGUGGGUGAUUGUAGUGUAACGCCCCUCCCCUAGCAUGCUAGCUGUGGUUGGUUGCUAGUGUGCAGCUUGGUGAAGUGUCUAUAAAUAUGGGGUCUAGCAAUCGUUUGGACCAAAGGCUGGUGACGAGGGGGUCUAGGAGAGUGGCAUUGCGGAAAUUCUAAAUCCUGUUUCAUUUAUCCUGGAUUGCUUGCAUAUAGUGUUCCAUUCGAGGAUAUGUUGCUAAAGAUGAAAUUUUUGUAAACUCCACCUGACCUGCGCCAGCAUCAUGAAACAUGUGGACAGAAACCUCCAACCUCAGUUACCUGUGGCAGAGGGCGGCACUUAUACCUUGCCAGCAGCCCGCAUCCGCUGUGACUCUGGAUGGAUCUGUGUGGGAGAGAAAGUCUACCACUCAGCCUCGGAUGCUCUCACCGCGUAUCUUCAACAGUUUGAUGGAAAGCAGGCAGCAGCAGCGGUCAGCACAUCUGGAUCAGGAGGUACUUUUCUCGGCACUGUUAUUCAGAGUUCCAUGCAUCCUUUCAGUACCCAGCCCCAUAGCCUAAAUGGGACAAGUGCUUUGUUCAAGCUCACCUCUUCAGGCAGCACUUCAGCAGGCCAGGUUGAAGCAGCAUGCACAAGAGGUUCACCACGGACUGUCAACAUCCCCAAGAGUCCUCUGCAGAAAGAAGUGGAAGAGGCUCUCUCACGGUCAGCACAAUUGUUGGAGACAAUCAAAGGCAACUCUUCCAUUAGCUCACCCUGUGGCAGCAAUGUUGAGAGCACGAGUACAGAUGUUCUUCUCUCUAUUAAUCCCCAAAGACCCAGUGACGCACUAACUGCUAUAACUAGCCGACAGGGGAGGAACCAGCACCGCUACUCCUAUUACACACCCAAUCAUCACCGCUCUUCCAGCCUCAGCCGCAUACCAUCCAGCAUCAACUUACGUUCUCUUAGGGAAUCAGGCCGACGACGAUCACUGGAAAGCCUUGGGUUGAGUUUUUUAACCAACACGUCUGCAGACAAAAUCUACCAUGGUGGUUCUAACAGUAGUAGGUUAUCACAUAUGUCAGAUCCAAGCGAUAUCCUUCAAAAUUCUCUGUAUCAUCAACACCUUGCUGUCACAGAUAAGCAAAAUAAGAAACAACUGCUCCUUCGACAGAAUGAGGGACCUCCACACUGGAUUCGGGAGCUUGUUCCAUCCUCCUUCAUGGUACCUGGUGAUGUAGUCAUAGGAGAUUCCAUGUUUACAGGAAGCAGAACUCACAAUGGGCAUCCCACACCAAGCUGGGUCAAUGGUUUGGCUUCAUCAGACAUCACUUACUGCAGCACAGACAUGCCAGAUGUUCAGAGCACACGUGAAUCUCAGGAAUUGUUGGGCAUGAAAAAUGUGACUGAAGACCCUCCCUCCAAAUCAGAUAAGCCUUCAGUAGUAGACCUCUCCUAUGCAGCACCAGGACUAAACUAUUCUGACCUGGGCACCAGCCAGAUGGCCAAAAAGCACAGAGUAUCUUUCAACACUUAUCAUCUUCCCUCUCAUACCAAGAAAUUGACUGCAAAUAUGAGUGACAAGCUGGCAGAACACAAUGUGAACCAUGGGAAUGAAAGUCUGUCUCUGAGUGUGGACUCGGCAUCACAGGAGUGUAAGAAAUUGCCAGGGCAAUCGGUUGAAAAAUAUCUUUCUCAUCUCAACUUGAACACCAACGCUGUCAGGGAUACUGCUGGAAAAACAAACAAGAGGGUAUUUAGUCUUGUACGAUGUUCCAGUGUGGACAAGCUUCACCUUGAAAAUUUGCCUUCUGCUGAACCCUCAGACAUUAUUGGUGCUAGUCCCAUCACUAGAACUAGCAACUUAUCAAAUGGAAGAUUUGUAGAUGAUACAACUUUUGCUGCAAGUAUGGAGCCAAGGAGUAUAGGCAGUGAUCAAGCAUUGAAGACCAGCCCUGCCUCUGAUGAUCUUGAUGGGGACAGGCCAUGGGAAAUCAUGACUUCUGCCUUCAAACCACCAGUGUAUAUUGACAACCAUAAUUUAACCAAUCAGUCACCAGCUCGACCAGGAACACCUACAUUAUCAGGGGGUCAUCAGCCCGGCAGCAUGGAGGCUCUGAAAAAGAUGUUGUUCCGACUGCAAACUGAAGAAACAUCAAGCUCAGAUGCUGUUUUCAAACUAUCUUCCCCUCCUCAGGCUGGUGUGGAUGGAGCCACCCUUAUCCCAGCACUCAAGGACUACAACUUUGACGAGGAGCCAGGAGGACAGUCUUUAGAACGGGCACUUGUCCAUCUUGGUCGAUUGAAGACACUAGUGCAGUCAGCAUCUGUUGCCACUCAGCGUGACUGGGAGAAUGGUGUUGAAACAAAAUAUUCACAGGAAGAAACUUUACAGCAACUGCAAACUACAUGACAUCUUCAUUUUAUUUCAAUUUCCUAAACUGUGAUGCUGAUCUGAAAACAUGGACUGUAGAAUGUGUCUGUGAACAGUGAACCAAUAAAUAACAAGAAACUUUCUUUCUGGAAAUUUCCAGGCAUUCUGUUUAGUACUUAAUCUCUUUUCAGUACAUAAUCUCUUUUCAGGUUAGAUUCUAAACCUUGCAGGAGAUUUUUACAGAUGCAUGUUGAAGAGCUUUGGUUAAUCAGUUGUCUGAGAUGGGAAGAAAGUUGAGAUAGAUUAUGGUUAUGGUAGCUGAGGAAUUACUGAAGAGUACAAUCUGUGCCUAUAUGUGCUUUGUUGAGGAAAUAGUUGCCAAGUGUUUGUAGGAUGCAAUGCAUUUUUAAGAUUUCAAGAUGCAUUUCAGCCUGCCAUGGAACCCUCAAAAAAAAGAUAAGCAUCCUCAAGUUUGAUUAUUUUUACCUUUAAAAGGAAAAUCUUCCCAUAAUGUUGUAUCAACUGUGCAAUCCUAUAAACACACUUGUAUGUGGUAUCUUGAUAUGAACACAGGCAUGUUCAUACUCUGUGCGUAUGUGUGUGUGAGAGAGAGAGAGAUUACCUUUGUAACAUAACCAACAACCUUACAACUUAUUUCUAACUUUGCUUAAUUAUCCACCUACUCAUUCCUAAGUGGACAGUUUAUCCAGAUCUCACAUUCUCACUCAUUUUCUCCUACUUAACUACAUAUUUCACAUGCUCACAGGAAAUGAAAAUGAAACCUGUUUCCAGAUCUUUGCUAUGAAAAUUAAAGUGCAUAAUGAUGUCACCUGUUGCAAUCCAACUAUUUAUCUCAAAACUUGAAAAAUUUCUACUUUGCCUACAAGACAAUGUGAGCUGAUAUUUAGUAUCUCUUUCCUAUUAUAUUAGCUAUUGGUGCCUUACUGCAAAAUAUCCAAAGAAAUCUCUUGCUUCAAAAUCUGUUGUUCUUUCUGUAAAUAGCAUACAAUUUUCUUGGAAUUAUUGAGCAUUCAUGUGACUGGGAGUGAACCUCUUUUGCAACCUCGGAUGGAAAUUAAUGGAUGUGUCAGAGUGGGCGCUAAAAGAUUACUAUCAAAUAUAGGUGAGGAAAGAGUCAAUUAUGCGUUUGGGAGGGAAAAAAAUCCCAUGAAAAUGUCAGGUGAGAAGAGAUACAGAGUAUGGUUUACAUGCACACUGGUAUAUCAAAAUGUAUGGAGACUUGUGUGAGAUCAUUGCAGUUUGGAAGCAGUUUUUAAUUAAAGAGAUCAGUCUGGGGUGGUUUAGCUGAAUGGAUUUUUCUCAGAUGAAUGCAGGCAUAACACUGUGAAUGAAUGUGUCUAAAACAUAUCACCGCCAUUUCACUCCUACAUGAUAUUAUAUGAAUUAGAAUCUUUGGCACUUACUGUUAUCUUUUAAAUUUUCUACUAAUUAUUUCAAACAUUCUGUAUUACACUGAAAUUUGUUUGUAUCUUUAUGUACUUACUAUAUAUCUACAUGCAAUGGGACAAAAUAGAUUCACAGAGCAGUUGAUGUCUGACAUAACUGUAUUUAAUGAAAAGUGUAUGUUAUCAGUAAUUAUGCUUACCACACAUACCAACUAAUUUAAAGGCAAUCAUUUGCUUUCCAUUUUAUAGUGCAUUUUCCCUUUUAAAGUGCAUUUGUAUUAGGUGAAGGGACUUCUGUCAGAUAUUGGUAUCAUAUUUCAAGCAACCUUGUUCAUAAAAAGUUUGUGGUAGAAAGUAUAAGAAUGUAGAAUGCAGAAGUCUAGAUGGUCCUUUUGUUUUCCUAACUCUGUACUAUUUAUUUCUGAAAGCAAACUGUGAUGAUUAAAUUUUUUAGGCUAAGUGAAAUAAAAAUAUAUUACAAAUUUCAAA